UGGAUGGAGAAGAAAGGAUCAUGAAUUUGUCUUACUGUAACACAUUCAUUUUAUGCAUUUUCUUAAUCAGAUUUGUGAAUGUUAUUGAUUCAGCAAAAUGCAAAUCAUGCAUAAGAGAAAGGCCAGUAGAUGGGAUCCCAACUAAUUCAACAAGAGAGAGGACAUUAUCAUUUCUAGCAGAAGGAGAACCUUCAGCUUUAUUUACCACUUCUGAAAAUUUUCACAAAACUUGGAAAUUAUAUGGUGUCAAUUCCAGAAGAAAAAUCAUCAGAAAAGGAAGAGAAUUUGUUGAAUUUGUGAAAGAAAGAUUUGGUGUUGAUGUAAGCGCAAUAACAGAUGAGCAAUUGUAUCUGGGCCGACCUGUAGAGAUAGGAGAUUACGCAGUAUCAGGGUUUGUAUUGAAAAAUAACCUGAGAGUAGUCACUGAAAAUACACCACACCAUCGUGUGAAAUACUACAAGAACAGCCAUGUAAGAGAAGUUGGAUUUAUCUCAACUGCCAAAAGAUCUAUGGUCUCAACAGGUCAAUGGAAUGGGACAAUACCAAAAGGUGGAUCAGUAUUCAUAGUCCACUUACUUCUAUCUAACAAUGAAUGUGACUUCACAGAAGAGCCUGAUAUCAUUGAAGCUCAUCCAUUGGAGCCAUUCUAUGUUGUGGAUGGUUUUGUUACCUUUGGGGCAGAAAUAUUAUCUAACAAAUAUGGACAUGGGACAUUACGUGGUCUAGAAAUGGUAUUUUCAACAUCGUAUACUGUUACUAU